CUCAGCAGAGUUGGUGACCCAUUUUGGAGGGACAUUCUGCUUUCUUGUCCAAGUACUUUUAUAACUCUGGAGCCCCUUCACCACCUGCACAAGGAAUUUUGGGACCAUGACAUGAAGUGGUGCAUAAAUGCAGUUGGUGAAGCUGAAAUCAACUUUUGCUUCUCAGUUUUACAGCCUACUGCAGGGUUCUGUCACUUUAAAGGUGGUGUUGCUAAGCUGAAGCAGGUGACUGGAUGCAUGCACUGUGAUGUCCAGCAUUACAUCAUCAGUGUUAUCGCUGGAGCAGCCCCUCCCAAAAUUAUUACUGCUAUUCAUGUGCUCAUGGACUUCCAAUACCAAGUCCAAGCUUACUGCAUUGACAAUGAUGAUCUUUGUAUAAUAUAA